UCCUUUUUAUCAUUCUGCAAAGAUGCAUGGUAUGCAACAAGCGAAACGUUUGGCUGAACUCAUCAUUUUUUCGCAAUUCGAUGUUUGAUUUAUAAAAAAACAGAUAAAUAUUUAUAUUUUUAACGUGCAUGUGAAGUUACGUGAAAGAUUAUUUUCGCACAAGUGUCAAUUGAAAUGAAUUCUCUGCCAGAGGUUCCCAGAGUCAAAAGGAAAAAGUUGGUUAUAUUCGGCGUAACCGCGGUCGUACUUGUGGCCGUUUUUAUAGCAAUAAUAGUAAUUUUUAUGACACAAAACUCAAAUGUCAAAUGCGGCUCAAAAUUCGUCAGUUCCUCCAAAAUGGGUCAAUAUAGGAAGGGUGCUGUGUCGACAAACGGAAUAGAAUGUGCAAAAAUUGGUGCUGAUAUCUUACAAGAUAAAAAUGGUUCAGCAGUGGAUGCUGCGAUAGGCGCACUUCUUUGCGAAGGUGUUGCAUCCUUGCAUAGUAUGGGACUGGGUGGUGGAUUUUUUAUGACAAUAUGGGACGCGAAAAACAAAACAAUGGAUUAUCUGGAUGCGAGAGAGACAGCUCCGAUGGCUGCGACGGAGGAUAUGUUUGAUGGCAAUGCUCAUCUAGCUAUGUAUGGUGGACUGGCAGUUGCUGUUCCAGGCGAACUUAUGGGCUAUUGGGAAGCGCACAAAAAAUACGGGAGACUACCGUGGUCCGAAUUAUUCGAGCCUGCUAUUAAAUUGUGCGAAACUGGAUCUCUCAUCAAUGACUAUCUUGCCGGGUAUUUGGUGAGCAAGGAGCCUAUGAUAAGAAACGAGAGCAGUUUGGCGAAAAUACUCAUAAAUCCCAAUACCGGUAGAGUGUGGAUCGCAGGUGACAGAAUAAAAAGGCCGCAAUUGGCGAAGACUUUGAAAUUAAUAGCGCAGCAUGGUGUCGAUAUAUUUUACAGAGGUAAUAUUACUGAUAAUUUAGUCAGGGAGAUUACUUCAUUUAAAGGGAUAAUUACGAAAGAGGAUUUUGCAGCGUACAGAGCCAUAUGGAAGAAGCCGAUCUCAUUGAAAAUGGGAAAUCUGACGUUCUAUAGUGCUCCACCGCCGGGUUCAGGUGCAAUUUUGAUGUUGAUAUUGAACAUUCUUCACCGAGUAUUACCGGCUAAUAAUGAGAAUAUAAUAUGGCAACGUAUAGUGGAGACUUUCAAGUGGGCUUACGCAAGAAGAACCGAGUUGGGAGAUCCCGAUUUUGUUGAUGGCAUAGACUCGAUUCUCGCUAAUUUAACAUCCGCCGAUUUUGCGGAAAUAAUCAAGGGAAAGAUUAAGGAUGACCGUACGAGCCAGGAUCCGAGGGACUAUGGAGCUGUUACUGAGACACCCGAGGAUUCAGGAACCGCUCACGUUUCCGUUCUUGCUCCUGACGGCUCCGCUGUCUCCGUUACAUCGACCAUUAAUCAGGUGUUCGGUGCAAUGAUACGUUCAGAAUCCACCGGAAUAAUAUUUAAUGACGAGAUGGACGACUUUAGUUCGCCCAAUAUAACCAACGGUUUCGGACUUCCGCCGUCACCGGCGAAUUUUAUCCGACCUGGCAAACGGCCGUUGAGCUCGAUGUGCCCGACCAUAGUGGUCGAUCAAAAUAACAACGUGAGAUUAGUGAUAGGAGCUGCCGGUGGAACCAAGAUUACAAGUAGUGUGGCAAUCAGUAUGGCCCUACAUUUGUUGUCUAAUUACAACAUAAAAGAGGCGAUUGAUGCACGUAGACUUCAUCAUCAACUGUUCCCAAUGAAUGUCGAGAACGAGAAAUAUUUUUGUCCAGACACGUUAAAUUAUUUGAACAAGGUUGGACAUAAUAUCACCACUUAUUCUGGAAUUGGCAGUGCGAUCACGGCAGUAUCCAAAGAAAAUGGACUUUUAACCGCGAAUUCAGAUUAUCGCCGACAAGGAAGUGUAGCAGGCUACUAAAGAGAUUAUUCAGUAUUAUUAUGCAGAUGCAGACUUUAUAACACUAGACAUUUUUAUAUGCUGUCGUAAUAUUUCAAUUGCUAUUAGCAAUUGUAAGUAGCUUUUUAAUUUAUAUUAAUACAUUUUGUAUAACCAUAGACGUAGAAAAUAAGAAUUUCUUACGUAUAUAGUUAUAAUAUGGAUUUUUAUAUGAAAAAUCCUAUUUCAAAAAAUAAAGCAGUGCAAAGAAUUUUUUGAAAUUGACAAAGUCGACUGCAAGUAAAUAAUACAUGAUUAAAUUAUUCUUAGAUAAAAAAAUAGCACAGAUUCCUAUUUUUAGAAUUAUAAUUUUAAGAUAUCUAUACACAUCGAAGCAUGAUCCAUAAAGAAUAAAUUUAUGAUAAGUAUGAUAAUUUUGAGCAAUCUGUUGAUUCAAUAUACAUAUAUUGUGUCGAUUAAAUGUGAAAAUACUUGAUGAAUAAUCGAAUCAAUAUAUAAUAUAAUUUUCUUUUUAAUCUUGGCUAUAAAUACUUAAAAGUAUUACAUGAAUUGUAUAUUAGUAUUUUUUUAUAAGAUGCUUAGCAUUUAUAACUCAUCACAUUUGUACAUAUUUCAUAAUGUUUCAUAUAUAAUUUUAA